UGUAUUUUUAACGAAUGUCUUACGUAUAAAUAAAUAACUGAGUUUUUAAUUUUUUUUUAUUCAACAUUUCUCGUGAAUUUCACUAAUUUUACAACACGGGAGAAAAUUGUAAUGUGAAAAUGUACUGAAUUGUUUUUAUAAUUAGGGUACAUAUUAAUAUUAUUUAUUUCUUUUGCAGUAGUAUUCUACAAAAUUAAUGGUGAAUGGAAAAAUGCAAGCUUGGUACCUGCACGAAAUGCGUUCGUAAGGAGGUGAACGUGGAGUUGGAGCGUGAGGUGGUGGCAUGCGGUGCUGCCAGCGGCGGCGCGGGGCCGGAGGCGUGGCGGCGGCAGUGCGGCUGCGUGCGCACUAGCGAUAAGCUGCGACGCAUCAUCGAACAGUUCCCAUGCGCUCCGCCGCCCUCUCCUGCUGACAAGGGCACUUCACAAUUCCAUAAAACGGAUACGUGCAUCUCCGCUUUCUGUUCGGUGCACCAAAACGCGUUUCCUACCUGCGAGCAGCGCGCCGACGAUUCUAUCGAAUGUGCCACCAUGGUCAAGGAUAAAGAAAUAGAGCAACAACCGUCGCGGCCGUUCGGCGUGGUGACUGACAUAGUGCAGCUACUGCAGUUGUCGGUGACUGCGACUGCGCUUGCCCUCUACUACCUCAUCUACUGCUACAUGCAACUCGUCUACUACACACUUCGCUCUGCGCUGUACUUCCAUAAUGCUGACGGGCCGAUGAAGAUAACGAUCGGCGUGGUGACGCUGACGUCACUCAUCGUCGGCUUCAACCUGCUCGUGCGGCUCGAGCGGCUCCUAUUCAUCUUCAACUGACGCCCGAUUUGUAUGAAAUUUGAUAUAAAUUUACAUGUCCCUUGA